AUGGAGACCGCAAAGCGCCGGGGCGGGGCCCUGUCUUUCUCUUCGGCGCCCUCCACGCUUUUCCCUGCGCGGUCGACCGUCGCGUCGUCCUGCGUGGACGGCUGCGGGUCGUGCUGUGCGUGGUGCGCCUUCUUCGAGAGCGAGGCCGUGCUGUACCUCGUGCAGGACAACGACCCCUCUUCGGGUUUCGACGCCUUCGGGGGCGGCACCGCCUGGCAAGUUCAAGUCUCUCUGCUGUCUGUGCCCUGCCCGCUCUCCGCCGAAAGGCGCACGGAGAAGGCGCGGGCGCGCGAGGCCACGGGGAGCCCAGACGCGCGAGCAAGCGACGCAGCCCCCCCGCCGACUGGAAUCGAGGGCGGAGGGGAGGAGCGACUUGCCGGAGCCGCCGCUGGAACCGCUGCAGGCGACGUCGCCAGGCCGAGCGCAGACGCGCAGGCCGGCGCGAACGAAAAUGCGACCCUCGAAGGGGGAGCUGCGGGGGAAGGGCCUUCAGAUGACGCGAACCCCGCAGGCCAGGAAGGCGCUCAGACGCCUUCAGCCGUCGGGCGAGAUCGGGGACGGCCCGCGUCUGAAAAGCCGGCGGCUGGUAGGCCGCGCAGUGCGGCGAGGCGGAGACACAGUCCGAGCGUCCUGGAGCACCAGUUCGUGCUGCAUGUGACUGCAGGCCGCGUAGACGGCCGCCUGUCGGGCGCGGUGGGGCCUGCGUCCGGCCCCUCCAGCCCUCCAGCGAGUCCGCAGGCGGCCGCUGCGAGCGCCGACCCCUUCGCGCCGCGUGUGCCGCCCUGCCGCUGUAACUGUCUCCUCGGAUGCUGCGGGCGCGGCCGGAGCCGGGGCGACCCGCGCGCGGCCAGGGACAGCGCAGACGCGCGCCCGGGGCUAGGGGCCUCGGAGCCCCGGGGACGCGGCGGGGCGGAGCCCGGCGACGCUGAGGGCGCAGAAGGUGGCAGAAAAGGCCGGCGGAAGUGCCGCUGCCACGAGCGCAGCCGCGCAAGCAGAAGGCGGAGAGAGAAGCCCGCGGAGCGUGGGGCCGGCGAUCAGGGCGGGUCUGGAGGCCCGCAGGCGCCGGAAGACGGGGUGGGCGACGGUGGGGACUGUUCAUGUGAUGAGGGGCUGCGGAGAGACUCCUCAGGAGCAGACGAAGGCGACUGUCGGGGCUCGGAGCGCGACGCUGAGGCCCUGCCUAUCCUCUCGAAGACGCGAGAAAAAAGGUGCGCCUGUGGAGGGCGGUGCGCGUCUCCCUCGACUCGCGCUGCCCGGGGCUGUGCGUGCGCAGCGGGGGCGGAGGGGGGUGAGCCCCAGGGAGAAAAAGAGGCGGAGGGCGAGCCUGCGGAACGAGUCGGCGCCACAGGCUUAGGGAGAGAAGAAGGGACGCCCGAUCCUCCGCAGUCUCUCGAAGGAGCGGCCCCCCCGGCAGGGUCGUUGGGAGACCCGGGCCAGCGGAAAGGUGAAGCGCGAGGGAGCGCCGAAGGUCGCGAGGCGUCUUCUUCCUCCUUGUCGUUUCUGUUCCCCGGAGUGGACGGCCGACUGGCGUCGCCUUUUGCUCUACCUGAGGGCGACAGCCGCCUUGCGGUCGCGGCGGCCUUUCCGCCUGCGGGCAGUUCGCCCACUGCGCCGGCUGUCCAGCUGCCGCUCUCCUCGUUGUCGUCCUUCUCUUCCUCUGCGUCGUCGUUUGUUUGCUCCUCUUCUUCUGCUUCUUCUCUCGCUGCGCCAGCCUCCUCGCUCGCGACGUCGGCGUCGUCGCCCUGCUGCUGCGAGUGCGCCUGCGGAGGGGACGCGAGCGACGCGUGUUCGCGCCGGCGCGGAAGGAGCUCAGGCGCCCUCUUGAGUCGAUCUUCUGCAGCCACGUGGAAAAGCAGGGCGGACGCCGACGCGUCCGUGCCGUCUGCGCUGGCGUUCCCCUGCCCCGAGCUGUACGUACACUGGGGAGUCUGCGUCGAGCGCCUCGAAGAGUGGAAGACGCCGCCCGCCGGCCUCGUCCCCGCGGGCUCGCGAGUCGACCUCGGGUCUCACGCAGCCCAGACGCGUUUCCAGUGCUACUCGUCGUCUUGUUCUUCUGGUGCGGCCGCCGCGGCGGAGGGCCGCUGCCUCUGCCCUGUGGAUGCGCGGCCUCACGGGGCGGGGACCGGAGCUCGCGAACGGGAAUGGGCCGCCGCCAGAGGCGAAACUCGAGGCGAGGAACGGGACAUCGAAGCGAGGGCGAGCGACGCGGAGGCCGCUACGGCGGGCGAGCCCGCAGAGACGCGCGGCGAACCACGCGGCCGCGCGAGCGACUCUGGAGGGCGGUGUGGGAAAAGGGCGAAGGCAAGGGUGCCGCUCCCCGCCUGUCCGUGCCGGUGCUGCGACACGCGGGGGGCUCGCGGCCGCGGCUGCAUGUCGGGCUCACGCGCGCGGCUCGGGGACGUCGAGACCGACGGCGCGUCAGAUCGCGGCAGCGAAGCGUCGGCGCUCUCAGACGACGAGGCAGUUGCAGCAGCGUUUUCCGCCUCUUCUGCGCGCUUCGCGUUCUGCCCCAUUUGCGCAGAGGGCCCCCCGAGCCACCUCGCGGCGCCUGCGCUGUCUCCCCACGCGGGGGGGACGACCUACUGUGUCCAGCUGCCGCUCGGUCCGACGACGGGACCGCGGGCCGCGCUGCCGUUGGGCGUGCAGUUUGUGCUCUUUGCGCCGCCGUUUCGGUGGAUAAAGCCGAGUGCCUAUUCGAAUUUCUUUUUCAACAUCCAUCAGGCAGCUGCGCGCCUCCAGCUGCGCAUCGCAGCUGCCUUCCUGCGCCGCACACUUCUCGCCUCGCUCGCCUCCAGCUCCGCCGCCCUCGCGCCGACCGACGCCACCUGCGGGCAGGCGCCGCAGCGGAAACAGGAGCCGAGAGAGCCGGAUUUCGAGAGCGAGCCCCCGCGGAGCUGUGCGUCUGCGACUGAGGGAAAGCGCGCAAAGGUCGCUGGGGACAGAAGCAGAGCGAACGGGGCGGGUGCGGCGCGACCAGAGGAUCGCGGUGCCUCGCCGUCUGCAGGUGCCCGAGCUCCGCGAGGCGCCUCCACCCUUCCCGCCGCGUCGUCACCUGUUGCGUCGUCGCCCGCCGCGUCCUCGCCCGCCGCAUCGGGCUCGCUGGGCGUGUGGCCUCUGCGUCCGACGAUGGCAGUUCAUUUGCCGCCGCGCUCGCCGCCUCGCGCGCAUGCUUCCGCGCCUCUCACGUGGGCGGCGUCUCGUGGGGAGGGCGCAGUGUGGAGCCUCGAGCAGGCUGAGCUGCGCGACUUCGCCGUCGGCAUGCCUCCGGAGUGGCAGCUAGUCGUCACUGCUUCUCUCACGUCCCGCCGCAGCUUCGCGGCGUCGCCUCCGGCUCCCGCCCCCCCGCCGCCGCCUCUCCGCUCUCCCUGGCUCCCGCAGGCGGCGCGCCGACCUCCGUCGUCUCCGUCGUCGCCCUCGACCACGGAGCGCAGUGACGUUUUGGCCGUGCAGGCAGUCCUCUGCGAGGCGGGACCUGCGCCGCGGGGCGCGGCGCGGGCCCUCUGGGUGACUGGGCGCGGCGCCCAGCACGCGAGGCGUCUGCCUUCACUGAAGGCGCUCGAGGCGCCGCGCUCGCACGACGGCGGCUGGCGGCCCAGACCCGGUGAAGCGCCGGAGGGGCGUGCGGCGGCGGGCGACUGCGGCAGAUGGGGUGAGGAAGACCUCGGGGGCGACCGCGCGGGGCGGGCACGGGCGCGCGAGGCCGGCGCUCACGCUGCCGCGCCGAACGGGCGCUGUGGAGCGGGGGAGACUUCUGGUCCCGGAGGAGGAGACAGGAACGACGGAAACGACAGAGAAGACAGGAGCGCAGAAAGCGAGGCUCGCGAGGAGGACACGCCGCAGGAGGAGGAGGAGCUUGCUUGGGGGCCGACGCUGCGGGAGCUCUGCAGCGGCGCAGCGCCACCCCGCUGUCUGUUUGCGGCCGCGAGUCAGCAGGCGCGCGGGGGAGAGGAAAGCGGCGACGCGCCCGCUGAGUCGCGUUCCCCCUUCGACUCUCUCUUUUGCUGCCGCACCUGCUGGGAGAGUCGUCGCUGUCGGUGUCAAUCGCUCUCGCUGGACGCACCUCUCGAAUUUCUCUUCUCGUCUUCUCGGUUUUUCCUUCGGUCGCCUCACGGUGCAGCCCCUGCCCUCCCCCCAGGGAGGCUCCCGCCUCCAGGGGCUGGGUCUGUCUCAUCGCGUCCGAGAGGAGGAAAGGAAAGCCGGCUCGCCUGCGGGCACGAUCCGCGCGCCCACGACGCCUCGUCGUCACCGUGCACGUCUCCGCCUUUUCCUCUGCUUCAGUUUGAGUUGCAGCGAGGCUCUCGCGGCAGGCCGGAGGCCGGUCGACCGAGCGAGCGGGGCGGCGACGAGGAUACGCCCACGGCUCUCCUUCUCUCUGCGUUUUCUCCUCCGUUCUCCGCGGACGCCGCGGAGGCGCCAGGCUCCUUCGCUCUCUCCCUCGAGGCGGCCUCUGCGCCGACGGCGGCCGACGCUCUCCGCAGGGCCCGCCAGGGCGCUCACGGCGCUCUUCUGCGGCUCCAGAUGCGCCGGCAGAGAGAGUCCGCGGAGCCGCAGGGGGGGCAGACGCCUGACGCGCUGCGCGACCGGGUUCUUUGCGCAUCGGCUCAAGCGCCGUGCGACGAGGCCGAGCCGCUUCCCGCAGGCACCUGUCUCGGGGUGUUCUUUCCUUUGCCGCCGGCGCAGGAGCCGCCCGCGAUGCAUCCAGAGGACGCGCAGCGAGCCGAAGAGGAGGCGAGGGGGGACUCCCGGCUUCCCUUGCCGGCCGCGGCGGUCCCCGCACUCAUCGACCGGUGGCGGCGGCGCAGCAGCGGCGCCAGUAGCAGAGAGGCCAGCGAUCCGGGUGACGAGGCAGCCGCCGCGAGGAGGGCAGAGGUGCUUGCGUUCGUCUGUGGGGCGUCUUCCUUUGGGGAGGACGACGACUCUGGAGUUUUGUCGCCGCUCGUCUCCUCUCGGGCGUUCCUUCGCUCGCCGCGGCGGUCUCCUCUCCUGUCCUCUUCGAGCCGCUUCGCGUCUCGGCGCCGGUCAUCGCACGCCGACCGCGACCGCGCGGGCGAAGGCGGGGACCGGCCUCUGCGGUCGGCGCAGAUGCUGUCGGCGCCAAGGCUCCGCGGCGAGCACGGUGCGCCCUUUGCGCACGAUCUGCCUUACGAGUUCGCGGAAAGCGGGCGGAGGAGGCGGUGCAGCGUCUUCCGCCGAAGGAGCCCCGAGCGCCGGCGCGCCGAGGAAAGGCGCUGGAGCGACGGCGUCCGCCACGCGGGCGGACGCCACAGGCAGCUCCACGACGAGCUGGGGGAAGGCGCAGGAGCGACCGCUCUUUGGGCGCGGCCGCCUCAUCACGAGGCGCGGCGAGACCGCGGAGAAGGCAACGACGAGAGGGGGCUUAGCGAAACCCGGCGGCUGCUGGCCUUGCAGGGGAAAGACGCCAUGCGCCUCGGGGCGAGCAGGCGAAGGCAAAUCAAACCGACAAAAAUGUCAGCCAAGUACCUCGACCGGCUCUUGAGCAAACUCCUGAAACAACCCGUGCGGAACCCACACCACCUGCCUCUCCUCUCUUACGCAGACCAGCGCCUCCUAGCAUUCAACGCGCGUCUGUGCGGUGCAGUGCUGCGUCUUCGUCUCGCGUUUCUGCGUGUCGCUGCCUCUCUGCUUUCACGUUCUCGUCUCGCGAGCUGUAGCGCGGCUGAGGUGGCGGCUCGCGCGUCGGUUUGUGCGGCGGAUGCGCUGGGCUUUGACGCUGAUAACGAGCGCCGCCCCUGGCUGUGCGUCUUGAAGUUUGUCGGCGCCGGUGGGCGGACCUCGCUCCGCAUGCAUGGGUCGUUUUCUGCGAGGCGUCUUGUGUGUGCCUUUAGGCGCUUCGAGCUGAAGGGCGAAGGCGAAGGAGAGAACGGCGAAGUCGAGGCCGCGCUGCUGGUGGACAGCGCGCCGAACUGCGGCGAGACGUCCUGCUUCCGUCUGCGACUUUCGGCGCUGCUGUGGGAAGAGAACAACUCGCUGCUCCACACGGCCAGCUACGGGUCGUGUGCGAAUCACCUCCCGUCGGCGUCUCGCGCGCCCGCCCCCGCGCAAGCGUCCCCCCCUUCGACGGUCGAGACGUCUGUCCCUUCAGCUCCCGUCCACGACGUGGCGCCUCCGCUCGCGUCUUCGGCCGCGUCAUGGCCUUCUUGUUCUUCUCCGGGAUCGUCGUCAGUGGUGUCUUCUUCCCCGGGGUCCUCUCCGCCGAGCUCGCCGUCGUCGCGCGCUUCAACCCCGUCGGCAGCGCCCUGCGCGGCGCCGGCGUCGCCGUGCUUGUGGGUUCACUGGGGCCUGAAGCUCGGCGCGCCGGUCUCCGCCUCGCGUCAGGCGCGGGGCCUCGUCCGCAACGCGACCGCGAGCAUCGCCGCCUGUCUCCUGCCUCCGUCGCUGGCGCUCGGUCUGCCCCCGGCGGCGGCGUCCGCCUCGUCGUUCGCUUCGUCCGCCUCGGUCGCCUCUGCGUCCUCCUCGGCGUCCUCAGCUGUCUCCUUCCGCGCGGCGGCUCCCCACGGGUCUUCGGGCGCCUUUGGCCUGGGCUUCGAGACCCCCGAGGGGCGCGGCGCGGCCCCCGACUUCCGCGUCCUCGUCCUCCAGCAGCUCGUCGCCUGGGUGGAGAGGAAGCUCGGCGACGAAGAGACCGACGAGAAAGCCCGCGCCGCAGAAGGCGCGGCGGUCGGCGAGGGGCAAGACGCAGACGCGCAGCAGCCGAAAAUUGACCUGAACUCCUGGGUGCAGCCGCCCGAGCGCUGGAGGCCAGCGGGCAGCUACGCAACCGACAGCUACAGCGUGGACUCGCCGACAGUCGAGCUGUUUGUCAGCGAACGCCGGACGCGAAGAGGAGGAGGAAAGAGGAGGGAGGACGCGACCACCGCCCCGACCGGCCUCAAACUCCACGCAGUCGAUCUGCGCAUCCCCAAGACACUCUACGGAUACCGCGUCCUCGGCGUCUACUUUGUUUUCCACUCCGACCGCCCGCCUCUCGCCUGCCGCUGGUUUCACCAGCGCUACGUGGAGCUCCCCCAGGACUUGUUUGUCUCCAUCGACCGCUCGCCGGCGAUCGAGACGCAGCCGCAGAAGUUGUUUUCGGUGCCGGCGCUGGCGCAGCAGCUGCACGGGCUGCAGCAGAAGCUCGUGCGGCUUCUGGCGCCGUCUUCCUCUCUCUUCUCGCCCUCCUUCAGGUCGCUGAAGCAGCGGAACGCAGCGGUGUCGGACGACCAGCGCCGCGCCGUCCACGGCGGAGAGGACGCGGAGAGCCGCGACGUGUGUCACCCGCUCUUCACACUGACUGCGAAGCUCCUAGACCAGCCUUGCGCGCCGCUGCUUUUCCAGCAGCAAAAGCUCAUCGAACUGCUCGUCUCCGAGUCCGCCUUCAUCUCGCCGACACUCGACGCAGCACGCAGGCGCAGGGCGGCCUGCCCGAAGUCCUCCCGCGGGAAGCGCUCAGCCGCUGGGAAGGCGGAGACUGCGGAAGCCGCGGAGAAAGAGGAUUCACUCGGCUCGGAAGCGGAGAAAGACGCCCUCGCGGCGAAGCGGUUGACUGAAGACUCGCAGACACAGGAGGGCGAAGAGGACGCCGCAAGCUCGCCCGCCUCCUUCGCCUCGUUCGCCUCCGUCCAGUUCUCACCCCAGGCUCCUGCCGCCGGCCUCCGCACGCCGCCCCUCUCGCGAUCGGCGUCGCCAGCCUCCGCGCCGCUUUGCUCAGCUUUCGUCUCGGCUUGGUCGUCUCCGCUCUCCUCGUCGCGUAGCUGCGCGCCCUCUGCGCUCGACUCGGCUGCGAGUCACGCGCGCGACUUCCCCGCCGUCUCCUGUCCGCUACUGCGCUGCGCGACCGUCCUGCUGCGGGCGCUGGAGGCGGCGGUACCUGUCGUGGAGAGGCUGCUGCUUCUUCUCGCAGAGUGCUGGCAGAAGUCGCGUAAAAACCGGCCGCUCAUUCGACUCCUCAUCGCCGUCUUCGCCGCCCCGCUGCUUGCGGGACGCGCCCUGCAGGCGCUUCUCGACGUCCUCCGGGGAUGCGGACUGACGGACCGCCAGGCCUUCUUCCGGCAGUGGGCCGCACACGUGGAGACUGCGCCUUCGCCUCUCGUGGACGUUUUUGCGUCGCCGCUCGCAUCUUCUGCACGCGUCGCCGACUCUCUCUCGCGGCACGCGGCCUCCCCGCUGGCUGCUUCUUUCGGGUCGCUGUCGCCCUUUCCUUCGACCACACCCCCGCCUUCCUCGCGCCUGGGCUCUCUACCCCGAGAGCCGGAAGGCUCGCGCAGCGCGCGAGAUGCAGAAGAGGCUUCUCCUCCGCAACGCGGCGGAGUCGACGCCGCACACGUGGCCGGAGAGACUGGGCACGUGAGGGCGGAGCAGAUGCUGCGGAGUGUUCGCCGGUGCUUCGCGGCGUCCGACGCUGCGGUGAUGCGAGCGGCGCUGUGGUACCUGGAGAGCGGCGGCGCGGGCGAGGCCUUCUGGGCGGGACUGGGCGUUUCGCAGGCGGAGUUCACGCGGCUCCUACGCGAGACUGAGGCGCGCCGGCGAGGUGGAGACAGCGGAGAGAAGAAGCGGCGGCCGCGGAGGGCCCCCGUCGCAUCGUCGGUCGCCUCGCAGACGUCCUCGUCGCGCUCGUCGUCGCCCUCCUUCACGGGGCCGCUGUGUCUGUCGGGCUUCUCCCCUGCGCUGCCGGUCGACUCGGCAAUUCGCGCCUCCCACUUCGUCCCCAGUCCGCAGCCCGCGUCCGUCGUCUCGCCGGCGUCCUCCGCCUCCUCCUCGGCGGCGUCGGCCUUCUGCUCGCGCAGCAUCUCGCUCUCGCUCUUUGAGCGGUCUCGGUGGAUGAGCUGCCCGCGCCGCGCGAAGCUCCUCUGCGAGAAGGCGGCGCGAGCGAAACCGCGUGCGAGCGAAGGGGAGGCCGCCUCCAAAGACACACACGCGGGAACUGGCGGUCACAGCGCUGCGCACAGCGGCGCCCCCCCCGUGGAGGAUCGCCCGUGCGGGGCGAGCGAGGCACCAGAAGACGCGCCGCGCCUCGCGGACGGCGCUGGCGAAGGGCGCAUGCGGAAGGACUCUGCUGCAAACGCCGACGAGGCGGAAGCGGCGGAGGCCCUCCAGCACUGUCUCCUUUCGCUCGCGCUCCUCGCGCGGCAGCCUCGCGCCCAUCUUCCUUCUUCCUUUUGGAAUGAGCGACAGGGGAGCUCCGAAACCGACGCGCCUCGCGCGAAGGACCGCAGUGCGCCGGGCGGCGCGCGCGCCUCCAGCCCGCAGGCCGCGGAAGACUCCUCGUGUCGAGGAGAGCGCGAGGCACCAGCGACGCCUGAGAGCGACGCGGAGGAAAGGUGGGAGGAAGAAGAAGCGACGCGCUGCGCGCUGGCGCUUUCGGGUCUCGCUGGAGUCCCUGUCAACGUCGUGCUCACCUCGUUCCGCGCGGAAGUUGCGCGCCUGUCCGCGGAGUUCGCCGAGCUCCUCGAAGCCAUCUGCGCCCACCCCUGCCUCGAGCGCUGCGCCUGUCGCCUGGCCGCAGAGCCCGCCCGCGAGGCCGCGGAGGCGCCCGCAGACGCACAGGCCGACCCAGAGAGCGGCGCCACAGCGGCUCGCAGGCGCGCGGCGGAGGGGCGGGGAAGCGGAGAAGAACGAGAAGGGGCCGGAGAGGGCAGACAAGGGGGUGAAGAGGGCCAGCAGGAAUCCGUCCGAGGACAGGAGCGCCCCGAGUGGGAGCAGGCGUGUGGGUCGCCUUUCCUCCCCCUUGAGGCCAUCGAGCGUUUUCAAGAAGUCUCGUGCAGGCGAACAGACCCCUGGCGCCUGCGCUGCGGCUACCGGCCGGUGAACCUCCUCGCGUGGUGUCAGCGCGCUUCCCUUCCUCCUCUUUCCGCUCCCUCGCCGUCUUCCGCCUUCGCGGCUGCGCCUUCGGCGGGGGGUAGCAAGGCGAGCGCAGGCGACGCAGGCGAGCCGCCGUGUGCCUGCUGUCCGCGCGGCGUGGGAGGCCGGCAGCCGGGGGCCUGCUGCUGCGUGUCGCUCUUCAGCCUCGUUGGCAACGCGCGCGCGCGCAGCCUGCCGCUUCUGCUGCGAUGCGCGGAUAACGAGACGCGCUUCGCGCUCCUGGUGCUUGAUCUUGCGCUCGAUGAACUCCACCAAACACUCGUCAGCCGCCUCUUCGGCGUGUACCGACGCGAGCUCGACGCGGCGGGCGCGGGCCUCCCGCUGGGGCCAUCCCCCCCGACCCGCGACGGGGAUGCUGGCGCCCGAGACGCGCGGGAGGCUGCGGCCGCACCGCCAGAGGAGGCGAAGGCAGAGCGAGGAGCGAGUGUAUUGGAGACCGGUGAAGUGAGACGCGAGCGACAGCGGCCGCGCAGGCCCAGACGAGAAGGAGAGGCCCGCAGCAAGCCGACGUGCUCGUCGGGCUCCAGUCUGUGCCCCGUUGUCGACAGAGUGAAUCGAGAGAGACUGCGGGGGUUGCGUGAGAUCUGGCCUGCCUGCGUCUGCUCGCUGGUGCCGUUACUCGAUUCUCUGCUCCCCGGCCUCGUGAUUCUUCAUCCAUGGUACGAAGAAGUGGACGCGCUGUAUAGCGACUGGAGGUUCACGAUGAAGUUCCUGCAGAGCGAGCUGUCGGGCGAGCGUCUGUGCCGCCAGUCGUCUUCGGUUUCGGCGGGCUCCUCUUCAUCGUGGUCAGCUUUCUGCGAAGGGGGCAGAGCGUCGCAUGCGGCCUCUACCGCCUCGUUCUCCUCUGUGGGGUCUUCUUCUUUCGCAUCGUCUGCCACCUCGCGCGCGCCUUUGUCUCCGUCCGCGUCUUCCUCUCUCCUUGCGCCGCCUCCGCCCUCGGCGCGAGGAGGCGACGGUAGCGAGGGCAGCAAGGUCGCUGAGACAAGAGCAAGCAGCGGCGACCGCGAGCUGCCGCCCUCUCUUCACUUUCUUGUCUCCGUGACACGUCGGCUCGAGCGCUGCGUUAUGCGGCUAGUCGGCCUCUGCGAAGAAUACGUCGACGGGAAGUUCUCCUUCUUCGUUCAGGCUCGCAACGGCCCCUCUGCGCUCUCCUGCCUCUUGGUCGAGCAAUGCAUCCAGAAGUCUGUGCUGAGCGCGAUCGCCGUGAUUCUGCAGCACCUCUCGCUGUCGCUGUCUUUCUACUACCCGGCGGUGGCGUCGGCGGUGUCGGUUUUGCCGACGGGCGGCUCGGCGGCCUCUGGAGUUUUGGCCUUUCUUCCCUCUCUGUCGAGCGCCAAGUUCAUUCCGCCGUCGCCCUCUCCGCUGCUUCUGGCUGCCUCGCACUUCGACGAGAACGCAGUCCUCCCGCCCUACGUGCGGGCAGUCCUCGUCUGUCCAGCGGCGAGGCCCUACCUCGAGCGCGUGAAGGGCCCGGUGCUGCUGCGGCAGCUCACGCGCCUCAGCGAGCUCCUCAGGUGGCGGCGCGCCGCCGCCGGCGCCGCCAGAAGAAGCGACGUGGACUCCGAGGGCGGGGCGCCCGCGAGGCUGGGCGGGCCGCGGCGCGCGAAGGAGGCGGCGGAGGAUGGCGAGGGCAACGGGCCCGCGUCAAGGCCCGUCGAAGCCAAGGCCAGGGGCGAAGGCGAGAGCGGCGACGGCGAGAGCAGAGAUACCGAAACGAGGCAGUGGGGCUCCGCGUCCGUGGCCAGUCUGCCGCAGGAGUCGUCCUCCUCGUCCUCCUCGUCCUCCUCGUCCUCCUCGUCCUCCUCGUCCUCCUCGUCCUAUCUGCCCCCCUACGCGGCUGUCUUCGGCUUGCCGUUUGCGGCGGAGCGCGGUGCGCGCCUCAAGGACGACUUUGUGAGUCUCCACGUCCUCGGCGACCUCUCGUGGACGCUGGAGGAGCUGCAGGUCGCGGCGGCCGCGGCCCUCGCGACUUCGGAGUCGCUCGCCGCCGCGCCGCAGUCCUCGUUCGGCUCUUUCCUCUCUGCGGACGUGGCGUCUGUCCACGCGCCCGACGCGUCGCCCGCUGCCGCCGCCGCAGCCGGGCUACCGCUGUCUCCGCUUCACUUCUACGCGCCGUGUCUAACUAGCAGGCUGGCGCUGCGCGCCCGCGCGCAGAACUGCAUGCUGGCCGUCAGCUCGAGUCCAGUCUUCUUCCUCAAUCUCCUCGUAGAGCUGAUUCGCCAGCGCAAGAGUCAGCAGCGGCUCCUCCGCGCCUCGGCCGCGGGAGAGAAGUGGAGGCGCUCCGAGCGGAAGAGGCGCCUGCCCUUCUCCUCCUUCUCAGGCCGCACGCGGAAAAACAGUCUCUUGCCCGGCCCCCGCGGCGUCGCGGGCUUCUUCUCACGCAGCUCGCCAGUCGUCGGGCGGAAGGGCGACUUCUCCCGCGACGACGGAAACGCCGGCGAGGCAAGGGGCGCCGCCGAGAGGGAGAGAGAGGCGGAGACCGAAGACGCGACGACGAAAAAGGCCGCGCAUGCCGCGAGUGCGGACGACGGGCGCGGUGCGUGGCUGGACUUGCAGCGCAGAGAAGGCGAAGAAGAAAGUGCGACGGCCGCGCGUGCGCUCAACGCGCACCUGCUGAGCGAGAGGCGCCGGAGUGUCGCCGAAGUCCUUCAGACGCUCGAGAAAAGCAAAGGGAGGCUGCAGAAAGUCUUGGGCGGAAGGCGUUCACGAGCCUCCCAUGCGUCGACGUCUUCUCUCGCCAGCUCGCGAGGUUCUUCGAGGCCCUGGGGGCGGCAGGGGCUAUCGGGCUGGCUCUCGCGGAAGGCGCGGCCGCCAGGUCGGUUUUUAGUUCCGUCGCAUGCGUCGCUCGCCGCGGAGCCCCCCCGGUCGUCCCUCACGUCGCUGCAUCUGCGAGAGCUGGCGGCGUCUCUGGCGUCCUCGUCGUCCUCCUUCCUCGCGUCCUCAGGCGCCGUGUUGAUCCAGCGAGACGUGGAGAUCUACAGCUACCUGCACGGACACGCGCUGCGCUUCCGCACCGCGCCGCCCUCGCUGCCGAACCGCACGCCCGAGCUGCUUCAGCACCUGCCUCUCCUUCUGAUGCUUUCGCAUCCGCAGCUCGCGCCGCUCCUCUCUGUGUUUUUGCAGCAGCGAAGGAGCUGCCCUUCCGCGCAAAGUGCCGAACGCCUGCGCACAGACUCCGCGCAAGGCGCGCUCGAACUGCAGGCCCUCACCGACGCCGCCGUCGCGGCCGCGACCGCCGGCGAAGAGCCGGAUGGGCUGCUGGGUGAAGAGGAAGAGCGCGAGCGAGAGGACGCAGAGGAAGACGAAGAGGAAGACGAAGAGGAGGGAGAAGAAGACUACGAGACGGAUGCGGCGUACUGCGAGAGUCGACGCGGGAGCUUCUUCCUCGGCGCGGCCGGCGACGCCGUGCGACGCACGGGGCGAAGGCGAGGAGGAAGGACGAGCGAGGAAGAGGCAGACGUGGAAGGAGCGAAGGGGGAGGAAGAGACAGCGGACGGGGAAAAGGCCUUCGACGGAGUUCUCGCCAAAGACGAGGGCGCGAGAGACUUGGAGUUCUCAGUAAGCUUCGAGCAGAGAGAACUUUCUCGAGACGCGGAGAAGGGAGAAAACCGCGGCGCAGAGGAAACUACGCGUCGCCCGUGGGUCUGCGAUCCCGCAGACGGCGGCGUGGAGAGGAACGGCCCAGUCGAGCUGCCGCAAGACGAGGAGGAAGGAGGAGGCGGCAAAGGACGCAGCGGAGACCUCGACCAGGCAGCGGAAGAGACGCCAGUGCUGCGGCCUGCGCCAAUUUCCGCAGAAGGCGGCGAGGUGGGGCGGAGGCAGUCGCGAGAGAGCGUGGCGUCUUCCUCGUCGAUUCGCUGCCUCGCUCGACGUCCCACGCGUUUGGUGAGGAAUGAGAGGAACCAGUCACUUUUGAACGUCAUGGAGGCGCUCUUCUUUCCCUCUGCUCCCUUCAGUCAGCGCACGUUGGCCUGGCCCUUUUACGGGGUGUCUCCGGCGGCAGGCUCCUCGAGCGCCUGUUCGCCGCUGCUGAGGCCCUCCUCCUCUGGACAUUUUUCAUCUUUUCGCUCGCCGGGUCCGCUGCCGUCGGCUUCUUCCCGCUCCUCUGUCUCUAGGUUCUUCUCGUCCCCGAUGCCACCGCCUCAAACGGCCCUCUCGCGCUUCGCGUCCACUGCGCCGUCUUGGCCGUCAUCAAGUCGCCUGGUGGAGCUGGCGUCCUGGGGCGACCCCUUCCGUUUGCCGAUGCGGAAUGCGCCGAUCUUUCCGCCGAUUUUCGAGGCGCUUUCCGGCGACGGCCGCGAGGAAGAAGCCGACGGGGGCGACGAGGAAGAAGCUUUCGUUCAGGCCAGCGCCACCGCGGCCGCGGUCGCGGCGUGCGUCGCCCUCAACGCGCCGCCGGAGGCCACGGUGAAGGCGAUUGCCGAGGCGCGAGCCCGCAGCAGCCGGCGCCUCCUCCGCCGCAUUCGGAGUCGCCAGCGCAGCGCCAGUUCCCACGGCUUGCCGCUGGCCUCCAGUCGGGCUCCAGGCGUCUCCGCCGCGCCUGCAGGCCUCGCCGACCUGGCGGGGAGACUCCCGCUCCGCUUUUUGUCGCCGACAGCGGAGAAGGGAAGCGCGACGGAGAGUGGGCGGAAAGGAGGAGACGACGCGGAGGCAGAGAAGAGAGAAGGCCGAGGCGAAGAGGCGGAGGCGCCGCGGGCACAAGCGGACGACGAAUCACGGGCUCACCGGGUCUCAAGGGGCAGCGGCCCCGCGACGGAGCGUAAGGACGAGGGGACGUCGGAGGGAGUGGAGGCGGAGAAGACUGGAGAUGGGCGACAUGGGGACGGCUCUGAGACGACCUCGGCGCAGGCCACGACGCCUUUGCCUGUCGCCGCGCUCAUUAAAAAGCCGUUCAUUCCGGCGCUGCCUCUGUCUUCCUCCCGCACAUCCGCCGGGGCGGCCCCUGGGUCGUCUCUGCCGUCUUCUUCAGCUGGCGCGGGGAAGCUGUCCUUCUUGUCUUCGCUGGAGAGGCGCGGCGACGGCCCAGAGUCGUCUCGCUUCAGCGCAGGUUUCUUCUCGUCGCGGCAGCUCUCGGCGCUGUCGUCGACGUCCACGUCCCCGCCGGCUCGCUGGCUGUUGGGCGUCGAGGCCUUCCAGCCCCACAUGGUGGGCCCGAAGGGCCUCUCGAUCGCGCUGCUGCAGCAGUCCCCGAUUCGCCCUUUCCUCUCUGCGACCGCGGCGGUCCCCUUCGACGCCUUUGAGCGGACUCUGCGGCAUCCGGUGAACCGGGAGACGCGCAAAAAGCUUCAGCAGAUCAUUUCCGCGCUGGACAUCUCUGGCGAGAUGGAAAAGCUGCGUCAAACAAAGAACGCGGCCAAGGCUGCGGCGGCGGCGGCCCGCGCGGGGGCCGCAGUGGCUCGCGCCAUGGGGCAGCAAGCCCCUGACGGGGCCUUUGCGGCGUGCGCGGUCGUGGGCGGGGAGACGGUGCUGCUACACACGGUGGUGCAGCUCGAAAAACUUCUGCAGAAGGCGCGGCAGCUCGUGCAUGCGCUGCAUCUCCCGCCCGACGCCUUCCGCGACCUCCACCUCUUCUGCUGCAACUCGCCAGCCGACGGGCGCCGGCGACCCGGCCGCGGCGAAGACGAGGCGAGAGGAAGGCCCGCCAGCGCAGCGGGCAGCGGCAGGAGAGGCAGCGGCAGGCGAGGCAGCGGCAGGCGAGGCAGCAGCGGAGGCUCGAGGGACAGGAGAGGCGCCGAAGACGCCCGAGGCCCCUCGGGUGGGGCCGACAGGGAGGCGCAUGAGGGAGAAAACAGGAAGAACAGAGCGCCGGAGGGCGGCAACGCCGACGGUCGAGACGCGGGAGCGGAAGGUCUCGAUAGCAGCAGAAGUGGAACGGACGAGCGAGAGGCGCGAGGAAGACGAGAGUUGAGGUCGCCGUUCGCGCGGCGGGGGGCUAGCCGGCGAGCAGAGUCGAGGGAAGGAGACGGCCGCGGGAGAUACGACUCGCGCGAGGAGAGGGAAAGACGAAGCGAGGCAUUCGAUGUCUACGGGGACCACCGAGAGGAGGAGAGACGCAUCUUAAGGAGAGAGAAACAGCUGAAAGCGAUUCUGCAGCAAAAUCCUGAGCAAUUGUGGAACUGCGUCAAAAACGUCUGGUGCACGCUCUUCUCUCCAAGCGUCGUUCUCGCCGUUCAGCGGGCCCAGCUGCGCUUCUCUCAGAUUCGCAUCGCGGUGCUGUUGCAGCUCGUGGAAGGCAUCUGCGAGGCUUCGUUCCUCUGCCGCACGGACAUGGGCAGCUUGUGUCACCGCGCGGCACCGCCGCUCUUCGCCGAGACGCCUUCUUCGCUCCACGCGCGGGAGGGCCGCGAAGGCGGAGAGCGCGACGCCGAGAUGGCAAAAGAAGAGGACGCGAGGGAGGCAGAGAGAGCCGAGGAUGACGCCGCUCUCACCCUUCCUCUCAAAGAGAAAGGUCAGGGCCGCGACGACGUCAGCGCGUCGCCGACGUCCUUCCCUCCGGCUUCCCGCUGGUUGCGCCUUACGUCUCCUUCGCGGCGUUCUUCGCCGUCGCUGUCGGGCGGCGUGCGCAGGUUGUCCCCCCCUGCAGGCGCGAGCGCUGCGUCUUACGCGCGUCAGCUUUCUUCUGCAUCGCGCAAAGGCCGCGAAAGGAGAGAAGAGUUGACUCCGCUGUCGUCCUCGUCGUCGUAUUACGCGUACACGGCUGCGAGUCCACCCGAGGACGCGAGACACGUGAAGGAGCUGUACGGAGAAGUCGUCCUCGGCAUGAGUCUGGCGCCUCGCGAGCUCCUCGAGGGCGCCGUGAUCAGCCCUGGAGACCCCCUGCUCUUCCGCGCGCGUUACUCGUCGCCUGCGCAGCAGCCGGCCUCUCUGUGGGGCGUCGAGGAAGGCGAAGAAGAGGCCACAGACGGCGAGCGAGAAGAGGGCCGCGGGCCGGAGGCGAGAGACGAGCUCAGCGCUUUCGAGGCGCGCCGGGCGCCAGAGGCAGGGAAUGGCCAGGAGGAGCAAAGUCGCGAGAAGAGAGGAGAAGAAAAGGCAGAGUGGAGUGAGGAAGACGGCGAAACGACGGGCGAUGUCGAGGAGACUGGGCCGCCAGGAGGCGACGAGCGCGAAGGGAGGCUGCAGCAGGAAGGCGAGGGAAGAACUCGCGACGCAGAAGCAGGCGCAGGGUGCGAGGGCUUAAUCGCCUUGGUGGGGCGGGACGGCCGGGGGCCACAGGAGCCCGCGAGCGCGCCCUGCACACGUCGAUCGACUUCGCAGCCUCACGCGCGAGGCGUGUACUUCCCAGUUUUGCCGCGUCCUCAAGAGCCGGCGCGCAGUCCGUCUGCGUCUCUGCCUUCCCCUUCUUUCUCUCAGGGGUCGCAGCGGGAGGCGUCUCCGGGGCGCCACGGUUUUGUGGUGGUUCCCCGUGGCUCGUCCUCCUCUCUCUCGCGGACGUUCGCGGGGAUUUCGCAGCCGCCGCUCGCGCGCGCUGCCUCGCAGGCCAGCGUCUGUCCCCUGUGCGGCGAGCGCUGCGGGAGCGCAGCAUGCAGGUGCAUCACCACGCAGACGGGUGCGCGGGUCUCCCCGCCGCGGCUCUACGGCUUCUCGUCAGCCAGCACGCUUCUGCGGUGUUCCUCUGCAUGUGUGCUCGUCUCCGCCGACCUCAAUGUGGAAGGGCUCGAGGCGAUGAUGGCUGUCGACGGCGUCAUCGCCUGUGUGCAGGAGCAGACCGUCGAUCACCUGCACCAGCGCCCGUCGCGAGCGCCUUCCCACUCGCCGCCACCCGUGCUGACGUCCCCAGGGCGCCCCCUAUUCCCCGACGCCUCCGGGCCCUCGUGGCCCCAGAACCGCGGCGGCGGGCCCCGCCGGCCCGCGUCCCACGCCUCGAGUGUGGGGCGCGUCCCCUCGCCGGCCCCCGUCGUGGCGGGGACAGCGCGGGGUCGAGGAGACGGCGCCCCCGUAGGGCUGCAGGCCCAGGACUCGAGAGCCGGCGUGCACCAGAUCCCCGGAGGAGGGACGGGGCGCGGGAAGACCCUCGGGGGGCGGCGGUUCUCGGCGCGGCGGCAGGGGGAGGCACCGUGCCGCGAAGAGUGA